UUGAUAAAAAAAAUUCAUAAAACUUCCUUCUUCUUAAUGCCCUAAAUGCUCGCAUAACUGAUAUCCUUACAAAGCUGGAAGGAAGAGAAAAACUUCAUUCGUGAAUCAUAAUUUCAUUAAAAUGGUUGCUCUGUGAAGCGAGAUCAUGGUCAUCUUUCGACAUCUACUGGUCUUGGAAUUGUAUUUAUAUGCGGGGGUACUGAUAAAAGCAUUGCUAACUUCAACAAUUGACGGGGAUUAUACUGUGUAUAACGAAGUGACAAGUUUUGACACCACGCUUAGAAUCCUGGACGAGAUACGUGAUAAACAAUGUCUUCCCUGUUUUACAUACACAAAGAAUUGGAAAGGUCCUCAAUUAUUUACACAGUUUUCCACAUCAGACGAUCAGGAAAUAUGCAGACAGAUCAAAUGUAGUUUUCAAGGAAGAUGUCUAAGGUUUGGAAACAAAGACAGUUGCUAUUCAUGGACAAUCACAGUCAUCUUAGAAAAGGAGAAGUAUGUACUCUUUUCGAGGACCAACCCAUCUUCUAAUGAGAAAACCAACUUGAAUAUCUCUUGUUACGACACAGGAAUACCACACAAGCAAAGACAUCCUGCAUUAAAUGGUAGCCAUGUGAAAAUGAAAAGACAUACUGAAAAAGACUAUUCAUACUGGCUUUUAAUGAAUACAUUACAAUCAACUUCUGUAAAUACAGAGUCAGUUACUAUGACAACGGAAAAGGAGAAUACUAGACAAAAAAGUAAAAGAGAGUGUAAAAAGAACUGCAAUGAUAUGAAAGAUAAGAGAGAGUGUAAAAAGAAAUGCAGUCAUAUAAAAGUGAACACCGCCAUUACAACUUCAACAGAAAUCUCAACAACUGUUUCCAAAGAAUUCCGACUUAAGACAAGCACCUCGGAUAAAGAACUCACCGAUAAAGAACGCAGUGACGAUGUCAAUGAUAGUAGUAACGACGAUGAUGAUGACAAUGAUGACGGUGGUGAUUCUAACGAUAAUGAUGACGAUGAUGUUGACAGAGAUAAUGGUAACGACGAUGAUGAUUAUGACAAAGCCACUGAAACAGGCAAUAAAGAUAAUCUUGAUCGGAAAUGUCGGAAAAAUUGUAAACAGUGUCGACGUUGUUCCGGAAAUAAGAAUUUAAAUGACUGUGUAAAUACAGGAAACCAGAAGAAAUGUCCUGAAUGUACUAGUAUUGGCAUCUUGUUUAUUACACACGUCAUUGCAGCAGGGAUUGGUGCAGGAAUUUUAUACUUCAUACAGUUUAUCAAGGAGUAUCGAAGAAAAAGAACCAAAGAACCGAAACCGAAAAGUAAUAAAGAUAUGAUCAAUGCAUCUUACGGACACACGAGAGGAACUGCCAUUCUGCAGACGUCCAACAUUAGCCAUCAAGAAGAAGGCAUCUACAAUGAAGUGGACGACAAACCUGAGUCGGUUUUGUUUGAUAACACCGGUUCCAAUUGUUCAACGGGAAGUGCGUUAAACGACAGGAAACACGCCAAACUACCAGAUAUACCUCAUCAGUACGACAGAUAUGAAGAGUGCUUACUUCCGCAAAAUCCCAAAGAUCUUUUGUUGUCAGAUACGCACAUUCAUUCUUUAGAAAAAGUAAAGACAUCAACUUCAAGUCUGCAGGAGGAACUUUUAUUGAAAGACGUCAAUGAGUUAAAUCAAGAAACAAAACGUGAUAACAUCCUGCAGGAUACGUAUGUGGCAGAUAGUGGACAUGACGACUAUUUUGUUCUUCAGAAAGCAGAUAACAUGAAUCUCAAGUAAUGGAGCUUUACACGACGGCAAUAUUUCGUACUAUGUAAAGCUUCAUAUAACUCAUGAAACACACUAUGUUUACAAUUUCAAAGGACAAUGACGUGAAAUAUUUCGAGCAUCAUUUAAUCACUAAGCAAAGCGUUUGUUAAUUUAAAAUGUAUCAAUGACAGAAGGAUAAAAACGAUUUCAUUUACAGCAUUCAAUGUAAAACUUAUACGGUACCAAUUUUGAUGCACCAGAUGCGCAUUUCGACCAAUAAUACCUCUUCAGUGAUGCUCAACCGAAAUGUUUGAAAUCCAAAAUAACUACGAAGAGCUAAAUAUAGCCAAAAACAGCGUGCCAAAAAAGUGGAGCCAAAUUCGUCCAAAGAUAAGAGCUAUGCAUGAGGGAGAUAAUCCUUAAUUUUGAAAUGAAUUUCUAAAUUUUAUAGCAGCAAUUAAAUAUAUAUCCGUAUUUUCAUGCUAGUAACGAAGUACUUAGCUACUAAUCACAAAUCAACAAGAAGUCUAGUCAUUCUUAAUAACAUUUCUGUUUUUGUACAUGUAUUUCAAUAUCACUUUUCAAUUUUGCAGUGAAUUUGAAUGCUAUCCAAUUUCUAACAUUUAAAAAUAAUAGGUAAAUCCAUGGUUUAAAAUAAAGAAUAUUUAACCCAACAAAAUUUAGUUCCAGUACUAUGGUACAGCCCCAAAAAUAGCGAAGAUAGUCGCUGAUUGGAUGGAAGAAGCUUAUCGUCUACAAAACAGCAACUGUCUGACCUCCCCAUUCCCCCGACUGGAACCCACUUUAGACUCUCCUUUAUAGGGAUACCAUAAGGACAGAGUAUAGAAACCCAGUUCAGAUAAAUUGAACAAAUAUUUGCAAAUUUUAGCUGUAAUUUCUAUGGUGCAUAUUGACAUAAUUAUAUCCUGGAAAUAAUGUCAUUUGAAACACAUCUGAAUUUGUAUCAUUUUGUUUGUAUAUUUGCAUUAUAUGUUUAUUCAUGGAUGAAAUCACAUGAUUAUCUACUUAUAAACAAUAAAACAUGAGGUAGUA